UUAUUUAUUUUGAGAGUUUUGAAAAUGGAUUAGAGGAUUUUGGGUGUGGAAGAAACAAGAUUUGUUCUUCCCAGAUGAAAAUAAAAAAAACUGUUCUUGCAUUUUUUUUUAUUAGUGUAGUUCAUAAUUAAAUUCUGGAAAAUGACGUGGAAAUUGACCGAAAUUCACGGUGGGGAGGAAGAGAAUUUUGUCUCUUGAAGGUGAGGAUGAUCAAAUUCUGUGCCCCUCUGUUUGCAGUUUGGGGAGAAGUUAGUUGGUUAUUUGAUGUAGCAUUCAAAUUGUAGAAGCAUCCCUUCAGCAAAAAUACCCCAUUUUGUGAUAUGGUGUUGCAGAAGAGACUAGAUUAUGGGUUUAAUGGCUAUCAAGUGCCUCCCAUACCCCGAGCCGCCAGAUCAGCCAGGAGAAGGUGCAUGUUCAAGAAAAAAGCCGAUGACAACCAACAAAUGUGCGCGUUCGACCUAUUAGCAACCGUAGCUGGUAAGCUACUGUCCGAUGGGGAGAAUAAUAACACGUCUUCGAGAAAGGAUAUUCCUGCACGCGUGGAGGAUCCCGUUUGCAAGGUCGAAGAAGAUAUCAAGCCUCCUCUGGACGAAAAAUCCAGCAGUGGGGCCCACAAUUAUUACGAGAGGAAUUUUCUGUUCACGGAACUCGUCUCGGAACAAAACGAUGCCAUCUCAAGGCCUGCAUCUGGAAUAACAACCUCCGAUUGCUCCGAGAAAGUCAACUCCGCGGAGCAGUUGGUCAACGACGACUGCAAGCUCCGCCUCGGGAUUUUCACCCCCUCGGUGGAUUUUUACGGGUCGGAGAAUGAGAGUAGGAAAGAAACCAAGAAAAUCGAUAUUGCAAAUAAUAAUAAUAAUAAUAAUAAUAAUAAUAAUAAUAAUAAUAAUAGUAAUAAUAAUAAUAAUAGUAAUAAUAAUAAUAAUACCAAGACUAUGUCAAUAAGGAAUGCAUCGGAGGGUUUUGAUAGAAAACCUUCCGGAUUGGUUUGUUCGGUAGAUAAUAGUGUAAAGUUCCCGUUUUGCAAGAACCCCGUUAAUAAUAUUAAUAAUAAUGGGGAGAGUGUAAAUUUAGUUAAUAGAGAUGAUGACGACAACUUUUCCGAACGGGCUAGAAAUAAAGCCGCCGCCUUAAAGUCACCACCACGUGUUGGAGAUCGUAGAUUUAGGAAGUUGCAGCACUGUGCAGAAAGAUCAAAUUACGUCAACAGGAAAAACAAUUCGAAGAGGCAACGGUCUUUGAGGGAUUAUCCAUUCAAAAAGAGGAAGCUUUACGAAUGUAGUGGCUCGGUUUCUAAUUCCGAUGAAGGAAAUAGCAGUGGAGGAAUACAUCGGCAAAACGAAAACGGCACAAAUCCCGAUGGAAUCGGUUCUGGUCCAACACUGCCAGAAGUGGCCGCCCCACCAACUCCGACUUCUGUUGCAGGUGGAUAUGUCUCGUUCCGCUCGAGGAAUUCUCAAGUGAAACUAAAGAUCAAGUCUUUUAGGGUUCCGGAGUUAUUUAUCGAGAUUCCGGAAACUGCUACCGUUGGUUCUCUCAAGAGAACUGUAAUGGAAGCAGUAAACGCAGUACUCGGUGGCGGAUUACGAGUCGGAGUAGUUGUCCAGGGCAAGAAAAUCAGAGACGAUAACAAAACAUUAUUACAAACCGGAAUCUCUCACGACAGUAACAAUUCCGAUAAUACCCUCGGCUUCACUCUCGAGCCCAGCCCUGCUCCACCACCUUUACUUCAAUCAUCGUAUCCCGAAAGUAAACCGCUGCCAAGGUACCUUGCUGCUGUGAAUAAUCAACAGGGGAAUAAUAAUAAUAAUAAUGUAGCAUUAGAUACAGAUACUGUAUCUACGCCUAGUCCUGCGGCAGAUGUGCCUGGAAGUAGUUUUAGCAAUUUUAUGGAGAGUGAUUACGAUUCGGCGCCUUCGCAUUCUCGUAUGUCGCUGUCGGAAUCGAAAGCGCUGGUCCCGCUUUGUUCGACGAAACAGGAUGCAUUAGCUGUUGUACCUUUUCGAAAAUCGAAGCGCUCCGAAUCUGUGCAGCGUAGGAUUCGUAGGCCUUUCACUGUUGCUGAAGUUGAAGCUCUUGUUCAGGCCGUUGAGAAGCUCGGAACCGGAAGGUGGCGGGAUGUGAAGCUCAGAGCCUUUGAUAGUGCAAAGCAUAGAACUUAUGUGGAUUUGAAGGACAAGUGGAAAACAUUGGUUCACACAGCAAGAAUAUCACCUCAGCAAAGACGCGGUGAGCCAGUGCCGCAAGAACUACUCGAUCGAGUUCUGACAGCUCACGCGUAUUGGUCUCAACAGCAAGCCAAACAACAGCUCAAGUCCCAUCCCGACACUUGCCUUCUUCUCUGAAUAUCUUUUCACUUCAACGAUACGAUACGAUACCGUCUUUCUUUUAGUUAUUAUAUAUACAUAUAUUUUUUAAAUGUGAUUAAUACUAUAGUAUGUGUAAAAAAAAAAGGGUGUGUGAAGAAAAGAGUAAAUUAUGUUUAUGUAAUAUUUUUAUAGGUGUCUAUGUUUGUUAUAUUGUGUGUAGAUUUUUUUGUGUAAUUAAUUGUGUGACAGAAUAAGAGAGCUUUUUGCUGGGCGUUUUUGUUAAUGUUGUUUCAGUUUUUUAUUUAUUUAUUGGGAAACAAUACUAUGCAUUUUGCUUUUUCUCCG